UCCUCUACAGUGGACACAGGGCAUUUUCCACCAGGCACAUUUCUUAAUGGAACAAAUGUGGAUUCAUCAGGAGUGGCCAAGCAGGGCAUGGCGUUAAGCAGACUCCUUCUGCUCUGUAUGGUAGCCUCUGAGCUGUUGGAUGCUGAGACCAAACCCAUAGAAUUUGUGUGUAAUAAAGGCGCCAGGCGGGCUAUGAAUAUUGUGGCAGAGAUGGAGAGUGCACUGAGUGAAUGUUACCGCUUGACGACGCUCUCCACACCGGUUCAGCUACCCUGUACUGAGCUUCAUGUUGCAUCUUGGGAAAACAUAACACAGCAGGAGAAGAGAGGAGACAUAGUUGCAUCCUUGAGGCUUCUUAAUGAAGGUGUGAAGGUUGUGAAGGCCCCAGGCCUGCCAGGAUGUGUCACUUCCCUACUGCAGAGACUGGAGAACAACAUCAACAACUACCUGCUCAUUCUCACACACCUUCAGCUGAGUGUAAGUAGCGCUCACAGUGACAAACUGCAUGCAAACAAGCACAAAACCACUCAUUUCGGUGAUUUGUCAGGGCCAGUGUUGAGUCCAACACUGUCUUGUGUUCCUCGAAGCACCCAGAGUCUGAGCACAGUCCUGUUGAACUACAACCAACUGAUCUCAGGCAAACUGGAGCGGUUUGUGAUUAACCUGGAAGACAGAUGCAUUUCCCAUUAA